AUGGAUAUUUAUUAUUGUGGUGCAUGUGGGGAGUUGUUAUCAGAAUGUCCUCACUGCAUUGUGUGUAAUCAAGAGCUACAUUUUCAUUGUGCUGGAAUAACUAAAGCUGCCUAUCGCAACCUGGGAGAUAGAAAAUCUACCUGGCGAUGUAUCAAGUGUAAGCAAACUCACUCUAUUCAGCCUCCUUUAUCACCAAAGUUUGAAUCCGAUGCACUAAUACUUAAGGAGAUAAGAGCUCUCUCUGAUAAACUGGCGCCAUUAGAAUGCCUUAAAGAUGAAGUUAAUGACUUCACCUACCUUGAGAUCUAA